AUGGCGUUAUGCUUGUCGAGGGGGGGGGCUGCUUCCGGUAAGACACGUCUGGUUCUGUCAUAUGGACUUGCCCACGCCGCGAAUUUUAAGGCAGCAAAUCAACUUAUCGUCACGACGGACACGAACCAGUUGGUAAAUGAGUUGAUGGACCGCAUCAAAGGGAUGGCUUCCACCUAUGCUGUUGAUGGCAUUCGUAUAGUCCGAGUUCAUUCGCUGCCUGCUGAGGACUCGCGUUUUAUUCACCAGCAUGUCCCAGGAAAACGGGCCUGUUCGUUUUUCCAAGACCACAUUAGUACUGAUUGGCUAGUACAAAACCUCCUGGACGACAUUGGCAAGCAGGCUCAGGAUAAAGCUACAGCCGGGGACACGCGUUUUGACGCUAAGAUCUCAGAUCUCUCCCUUAACCAAGCGAUGAUCCAGGAGAUCAAGGCGAACCCCGGUAGGUGGGAAGUUCUGAUAAGAAAGAUGCGGUCAUUGAGUCUUAGCUCUGAUGGUAGCUCUGCCAGCGAGGCAGUGUUAAAAGAGGUUAAUGCAUUGGUCGCCGAGCUUCGUCGAAAGAUUCUACGCGACGCGCACAUUAUUGGAAUUACAUGCGACCUACUUUUACGCAAGGAAGUUUGUGACGCGGUCGCCCCAACGAUGCUUAUCAAGGACGAGGACCCGCGCUCCCGCCGCACAAAGUUUAUGGCGAUUAUUGGUCUACUACCUACCUUAAAGGUUGUCGUUCUCGCGGGAGACACUAGGCAGAAAGGGCCCUUCAUGAAUACGGACAAAGCAGAUGUCCCGGCUACGUUCGCCAAGUUCGGGAUGUAUACUGCCUUCCAGUUCUUUAAAGAUUCGGGACUUGGUGUCAUCUCUCUGUAUGAACAGCACCGAAUGUUCAAUGCUCCCUACGUCGAUUUUAUUAGUCGUCACUACUAUAACGAUGCCCUAGUUGACGGUAAUGCCACACGUCCUAGACCCGCGCAGGUUGGUUUUUGCAAGAACCUCAUGAAGCAGCUGUUUCAGGUCAACAACAAUUACGCCUUCAUAGUCUGUAACAAGACCCGCGCGGAGAAAGAGGAAGGGGGCGUUUCGCUGACUAACCUUCUAAUUCAACACCAUCUAUUGCAGAAGCUCAUUGUUCUGAAGGGUCUAUUAGACUGUGGAUCAGAGGCUACGCUCGGCUUCAAACCGGAAUCAUUUACAGUAGCGGUAAUAUCUAGCUACCUCGGGGUUGUGAACUGGAUGAAGAUGAUGAUUCAUAAACACCUCGACAAGCGCUUCACAGCACACGUUUUCGAAGUCGUGCAGGGUCUUGAAAAGGACUUGGUCUUCAGAGUCAACCCUAAUACACGCCUCACUCCCUUUGCUGGCGCAGCAAAAGACAACCUCGUGGCUGACACGCGCUGGCGUUAUGGCUACUGCAUCCUGGCCACUAGCGAGUCCUUGGAUUCCAACACCUACGGCAAACCUACCGAGUAUUAUAUGACGGUUAGCCCCACAACUCGAAACGUGUACGGACAGUACCAGUUCGCCUGUAUUGUCGACAGCAUGCGGGAAGUGGACCUAGAUGCUGAUGCUGGUGUCGAGUGCCGAAAAUGCGGAGGCUAUGGCCACGAGGCAGAUAAUGAGUCAUGCCCUUUCCACGGCCGAGCUUCCUGUUUUAACUGCGGUGCGUUUGGCCAUACCCACGACAAAUGCAAGGAUCCGAUCAUUUCUGCAGCGCCGGCUCAGGGCAAAGGCAAGCGAGGCUGUUUUCACUGCCACGGUGACCACGACAAGAUUGAUUGUCCCCAUCCAUGGGACGAUACGGUGGAGACAGGGAUGCUGGAGAAAGUAGCACAGGAACCAGUGAACUGGGAUACUACCGGGGUGAAGGACACGAGCUUCGGUUGGUAA